CGAAAACACCGUUGAAUUUGCGGCACACUGUUAACAUGACCGUUUCGCCAGCUUCACCGUUGCGGCGGCGGCGCAGUCUAUUUAAGGGGAGCUGUGCCUCCCUGUCUAUUGGCAGCUCUCGCUGUCGCAAACAUUUCGCAACGCGUGCAUUCCGCAAAAAGCAUCCCUACCGAGUCGUCGCGCCAAAAUGUCCCGACGCCCCGUCAUUGUUCUUAGUAAACCUAUCAAGUUGCGCGACCACAAAGAGCGACAACGAAAAGCGGACGAGGACGAUGAGUUACUCGCAGAUGAUAAUAUCGAUAAAGAGCGGUUUCGCGUAUGGCAAACGAUGCGGCUAUUCGUUGAGAAAUAUAAGGGUGAGAACUUUUACCGGAUUUGGUUGGGUCUUUGUAAGGACCAGAAACGCGAAAAGACUAUCAUAAGGUCGUACUUUCGAGAUUAUGUUGAGUCAUCGCAGAAAACCCGCCCAGCCUUCGAGAAUGGGGACGACGAAAGCCAGAGUAUCCAGACGAUUACCAGGACGAAGACCGUAAUAUCGCAUUGGAGGAACUUGGUUGUAGAGGCGGACAACACGAUCCUUAGAGAAAAGAGGCGCGACGACCCCAGCAUACGUGGGCUGUGGAAGUUGAGGUGGGAUAAAGGGGAUUCUAGAGACAGCUCGGUAGCUGAUAUCAGUAAUUUCUGUGUCGCGCUCUACUUGACGCUGGUCCCCGCAGGCCUCGGAUUCCGGCCGGGUUCGUUAAUGAAGUUCCGAUACAAGCAUAUCCGUCUUCUGGUCGUCCCGGACCCAGAGAACCCGUCGCAGAACACGAUAGUGGCAGAAAUCACAAUAACCUACGAUAAGCUUCAAAUGGCAGAUGCCCGAGCGUAA